AUGCAAUCGGAUAAUACAAUACACUGGUUUCCCGUACACUCAUACAGAAGAAUAGCAACAACGACAAUAACAAUGAUUGAAACGUCAAUAGACAGUAUACCCAAUAUAUUUCAAGAUCUUCGCGCAUCAUUUAAUGCGGGCAAAACAAAAUCAUUAGCAUGGCGUAAAAAACAACUCGAACAAUUAUUUAAAAUGUGUGAUGAACAAAAGGAAGUUUUUGCUUCAGCAGCAUAUGCUGAUUUUCAUCGACCAACUGCAGAAACACUUUUAUUUGAUUGUGGUGUCAUUCGUAACGAAUGUAUUCAUGUUCUUAAUCAUAUCGAUGAAUGGGCACGUGAUGAAUCUCGUUCAGAUUCAUUAGCAUAUGCUACAAUGGAUAAAUAUAUUCAUCCUGAACCAUUUGGUAUUUGUUUAAUUAUUGGAGCAUGGAAUUAUCCAUUUUUGUUAACAUUAUCACCAUUAGUUGGUGCAAUAGCUGCUGGUAAUUGUGUUGUUCUUAAGCCAUCAGAAUUAGCACCGAAUUCAGCUGCUAUUACUGCAACCAUGGUCGAACGUUACCUUGACCCAUCCUGUAUUCGUGUUGUACUCGGUGCUGUUGAUCAAACUCAAACAUUACUUAAAGGUGACAUUAAUCAUAUAUUUUAUACUGGUUCAACAUCAGUUGGUAAACUCAUCAUGAAAGCAGCCGCAGAAAAAAUGGUACCUGUGAUACUUGAAUGUGGUGGUAAAAGUCCAGUUUAUAUUGCUGAUGAUGCUAAUAUUGCAGUUACUGCUAAACGUAUUGCAUGGGGAAAGACAAUUAAUUGUGGGCAAACAUGUGUUGCACCUGAUUAUAUUCUCUGUUCGAAAACAACAGAAAGUCGUCUUAUACCAGAGAUAGUCAAAGCUUGGCAAUCAUUUUACACCGACAAUCCAUCGAAUUCUGAUUCUUAUUGUCAUAUUGUUAAUGAUCGUCAUUUUGAACGUGUAAAAAGAUUAAUCGAUUCAACAAAAGUUGUUUAUGGUGGUCAAACAGAUGCUAAACAAAACUUUAUUGAACCAACAAUUAUGACAAAUGUCAAUGGAAACGAUAAAGUCAUGCAAGAAGAAAUCUUCGGACCCAUUCUUCCAAUCGUAACAGUGAAUAAUGAAAAUGAAGCUAUUGAAUUUAUUAAUGCUCGGCCAAAACCAUUAGCUCUUUAUGUAUUUACAUCGAAUAAUAAUUUAGCUAAAACUAUUAUUAAUUCAACAAGUUCUGGUUCAACUUGUGUCAAUGAUGUUAUCUUUCAAAUAGCUCCACCAUGUUUACCAUUUGGUGGUGUCGGUGAAAGUGGUAUCGGAAAUUAUCAUGGCAAAAAUUCAUUUGAUGCAUUCAGUCAUUCACGUUCAGUUGCUUAUUCGCCUACAUGGGCAGAACGUCUUAUUGCUAAACGUAACCCACCGUAUACGCAGAAAAAAACAGCUAGCUUAGAAUCACUUACAAAGGGUCAUAGAAAUUGGUUACCAAUACCUCGACUUGGUUUCUGGUUUUGGGCAUUUGCUGCUUUGGCUACAGCAAUCGCAACACGUGUCAUUACUCGUGGCAUCAAAAAUAACAUAUGGGACCUUUAA